AUGUCUCACAAGGCCACUCCCGCAAUAGACGUGCGCAGCUUCGGCAUGUUGGUCCUGGUGGUCAUCACGGCACGCAAGCCCAUCUACGUGACAGAGGACAUGCAGCUAUGUGCUGUAGUGCAGCUAUGUGCUGUAGUGCAGCUAUGUGCUGUAGUGCAGCUAUGUGCUGUAGUGCAGCUAUGUGCUGUGGUGCAGCUAUGUGCUGUAGUGCAGCUAUGUGCUGUGGUGCAGCUAUGUGCUGUGGUGCAGCUAUGUGCUGUAGUGCAGCUAUGUGCUGUAGUGCAGCUAUGUGCUGUGGUGCGGCUAUGUGCUGUGGUGCAGCUAUGUGCUGUAGUGCAGCUAUGUGCUGUGGUGCAGCUAUGUGCUGUAGUGCAGCUAUGUGCUGUGGUGCAGCUAUGUGCUGUAGUGCAGCUAUGUGCUGUGGUGCAGCUAUGUGCUGUGGUGCAGCUAUGUGCUGUAGUGCAGCUAUGUGCUGUAGUGCAGCUAUGUGCUGUGGUGCGGCUAUGUGCUGUGGUGCAGCUAUGUGCUGUAGUGCAGCUAUGUGCUGUGGUGCAGCUAUGUGCUGUAGUGCAGCUAUGUGCUGUGGUGCAGCUAUGUGCUGUAGUGCAGCUAUGUGCUGUAGUGCAGCUAUGUGCUGUAGUGCAGCUAUGUGCUGUGGUGCAGCUAUGUGCUGUGGUGCAGCUAUGUGCUGUAGUGCAGCUAUGUGCUGUAGUGCAGCUAUGUGCUUUAGUGCAGCUAUGUGCUGUAGUGCAGCUAUGUGCUGUGGUGCAGCUAUGUGCUGUGGUGCAGCUAUGUGCUGUGGUGCAGCUAUGUGCUGUAGUGCAGCUAUGUGCUGUAGUGCAGCUAUGUGCUGUGGUGCAGCUAUGUGCUGUAGUGCAGCUAUGUGCUGUAGUGCAGCUAUGUGCUGUGGUGCAGCUAUGUGCUGUAGUGCAGCUAUGUGCUGUAGUGCAGCUAUGUGCUGUAGUGCAGCUAUGUGCUGUAGUGCAGCUAUGUGCUGUAGUGCAGCUAUGUGCUGUGGUGCAGCUAUGUGCUGUGGUGCAGCUAUGUGCUGUGGUGCAGCUAUGUGCUGUAGUGCAGCUAUGUGCUGUGGUGCAGCUAUGUGCUGUAGUGCAGCUAUGUGCUGUCGUGCAGCUAUGUGCUGUGGUGCAGCUAUGUGCUGUGGUGCGGCUAUGUGCUGUGGUGCAACUAUGUGCUGUGGUGCAGCUAUGUGCUGUAGUGCAGCUAUGUGCUGUAGUGCAGCUAUGUGCUGUAGUGCAGCUAUGUGCUGUGGUGCAGCUAUGUGCUGUGGUGCAGCUAUGUGCUGUAGUGCAGCUAUGUGCUGUAGUGCAGCUAUGUGCUGUAGUGCAGCUAUGUGCUGUAGUGCAGCUAUGUGCUGUGGUGCAGCUAUGUGCUGUGGUGCAGCUAUGUGCUGUAGUGCAGCUAUGUGCUGUGGUGCAGCUAUGUGCUGUAGUGCAGCUAUGUGCUGUACUAUGUGCUGUGGUGGCGCCACUAGUGGCAUCCAACACCGUAGCAGCCUUCAAGGACCCUCAUCUGCUCGCCCCAGACGACCUGCUGCUGCAUCUGGCCCGCCUUGCCCUCGCCUGCACGGCCAUGCCCACCGCCUCGCGCCCCACCAUGGCGCAGGUAGUGGGGCAGCUGCAGGCCAUGCAGCAGGAGGUGGCGGGAAGGGAGGUUGUGGGGCAGCUGCAGGCUAUGGAGCAGGAGGUGGCGGGGCGGGAGGUGGACCGGGCUGCUGUGCGCAUUGACAGGGAGAUAGAGGGCGUUGCUGGCGCUGCUGACUUUGAUGCGGAGCUUGCCCGGGCCAUGCACGUGGGUGGUGGUGUUGGUGGUACCAGCAGUUCCUGA